ACUGUUGCUUGUAAACAAACGAAAAGUUAACUUUGAUUUCGAUUUGGUUUUUUAAUCGUCCUAAGAAAUGCUGCCCAUGCGAUUUAGUUGGUCCCUGGCCAGGGCCAACUAUGGCACCAAGGCCAGAAGGGAACUGGUGUCCCGCUACAGUAGCGAAUUCCCGGAGAAGCUGCUCAGCCGGAAGCAAAAGGUGCCCACUCACAUGUAUUUGGCGAAUGCAGAAGCUGCCCAAAGGAUUGGCCAGCACUUAGAGCCCCACUUUCAGAGCUCUGGUUGUGAUACUGUAAUGGAAUUGAACUCCGGAGCGGGGCACUUUACCCGCCAUCUGCUAGACAGAGAAUCCCAGUUUCGGAAAAUCAUUCUGCUGGAGAGCAUGGAUCACUUUAUGCCUAGACUCCAGGAGCUGCAUGCGCUAUAUCCGGAGCGCGUGAAAGUCCGCCAAGGGGAUUUUGUGAACCUCUGGAAGUUGGUGUACAUGGACAAAAUGGACGGAGGUUCUAGGGUGGCGGAUCUGCUUAAUGAUGUGCCCCAAAAAGCUUUCAAGGAUGAUAUCAAUAUGCUUGUCUUCGGAGCCGUGGGGUCGUACCCGUUCUUCAAGCAUUUGAUCAACUCUCUCAUCUUCCAGACCAGCCUAUUCAAUUGGGGACGUUGUGAGAUGAUCCUCGCCAUGCCGCCGCCCAUUUACAUACACCUCACCUGCAACAAUGAGAUUGGUUACCUCAUCUACCGAUCGACCAGCGUGCUGUUCCAAAUACUCUUCGAGCACAAGUUUAUAGCCAAAGUUCCACGUGAGGAUUUUCUGCCGCAGCAGUCCGACUACAGUCCUACCAAAGGCAGCAAGCUAGGAAAGGUGCGCUCCAUUAAUCCGGAGUAUCUGUACCUGGUUAAGUUUUCCCCUCGUCGCAAUCUCCACGAGCUGUGCCAGCCUCAUGAUCUUCCCGCCCUUUGGUUCUUUAUAAAGCAAAACUUUGUGAGCCGCCGCAAUCGAAUAAUACCCAAUUUAGAAAAAUGGGCCCCCGGCUGCGGACCUCGACUGAUCAUCAAUCCUCAUGCCUCAGAGCGCGUGACGCCUACCUACCCUGAUGAGUCGCCCAAGAAACUGCCACAGUAUUCCUGUCAGAGCACCUCAAUGAACACCAGGAACUACUAUCCAGGCAUUAACAUCUACACCCAGUUCGGAGAUCUUCAGCCUAGCCAAGCGCUGACACUCUUCAGUCAGUUUCGUCAAUGGCCGGAGUACGCAGAGAGCUCCUUCCUUGCCUCGCUGGAGAAUGCUUUGCUUAAGCUUGAGACUGCCAACGACGAACAGAAUCUGGAGGACGGAGUCACGCUGCCGGAAGAAGAUGACGCUGAAGCGGACGAGAUAAUCGAAGAGGAAAGUCCCGAACCUGCUGCCACUCCAACGAAGAGCCGAAGGAAAGCCAAAUCCUAAUUUUUGGUAAUGCAAAAGCAUUAUUAUUGUUGGCUUUGGUUAAGUAAAAAUAUCUCUUUCAAUGGAAUCCCCUGUGAAAUGAGAUGCCUUUUGUUUAAGGUUACAUCCAUUAUUCAACGAGUAGUUUUAGCACUGAUUCGCAUUAAACUUAUUGAAAUACAAAAUGAAUUAAUUUGUGAA